UCCGGCUCCAGCUCUGGCUUGCACCCUGAGGAGGCUGGGCUUCCUCGGAACGUGGGCAAAGCUCGGCUGCCCAUGGGCAUUGGGAACCGUCACUUCACACUGUUGCCAGCCAGGCCGGCACCCGCGGGAUCCCUGAGGGGCUCUGGCUGGCCUCGAUGGAGCUCCUUCUGGUCGCCGUUGUUUUUGCUGCUUUUGCAACCGUCUGCAAUAUCAUCUGCAGACCCGGACUGGCAGUGCCCGCGCACACCCUACGCCGCCACCCGCAACUUUGAUGUGAGGUAUGUGGUGCCUUUUUUCUCUGCGGGCGGCCCUGUGCAAGCUGUAGUGACCUAUGAAGGUGGCCAGGAUGGCAGUGCUGUAUUUGUGGCCACACGCAAUCGUCUGCAUGUGCUUGGGCCUGCCCUGCAGUUUAUCGAGAGCCUGGCCACUGGCCCUGCUGGAGACCCGAGCUGCCAGACCUGUGCGGCCUGUGGACCAGGCCCUCAUGGCCCGCCAGGUGACACAGACACACUGGUGCUAGUGCUGGAGCCUGGGCUCCCUGCGUUGGUCAGCUGUGGCUCCAGCCUGCAAGGCCGCUGCUUCCUGCAUGAGCUGGAGCCCCAUGAAACAGCCUUGCACCUGGCGGCACCAGCAUGCCUCUUCUCUGCCCACCGAAACUUGCCUGAGGACUGUCCUGACUGUGUGGCCAGUCCCCUGGGUACCCGAGUGACUGUGGUUGAGCAGGGCCAGGCUUCUUACUUCUACGUGGCAUCCUCCUUGAACACAACAGUGGCUGCUAGAUUUAGCCCCCACUCGGUGUCCAUUCGGCGCCUCAAGGCUGAUGCUUCAGGAUUUGAAAGAGGCUUUUCAGCGCUGUCCGUGUUGCCCAAAUACCUGGACUCCUACCAUAUUGAAUAUGUGCACAGCUUUCAAUCAGGAGCCUUUGUCUACUUCCUGACCGUGCAGCCUGCCAGUGUGACAGACACUCAUGCCCUACAAACACACCUAGCAAGGCUCAACGCCCUGGAGCCGGAGUUAGAUGACUACCGGGAGCUGAUCCUUGACUGCUAUUUUGCACCUAAACGCCGCCGCAGAGCCCCAGAGGGUAGGCAGUCCUACCCAGUGCUUCAGGCAGCCCACUCUGCUCAAGUGGGUGCCCAGCUUGCCUCUGAACUAAGCAUCACUGAGGGCCGCGAAGUGCUAUUUGGAGUCUUUGUGACCAGCAGGAGUGGGAGCCCUGGAAUGGGCCCCACCUCUGUAGUCUGUGCCUUCCCCAUUGACCUGCUAAACCUUGUAAUUGAUGCUGGUGUGGAACACUGUUGUGAGCCCCCUGUUACCCCUCGUCUUCCACGAGGCCUCGAAUUCUUCCAGAUACCCAGUUUUUGCCCUAACCCGCCAGACCCAGAGGCUCCUAGCCCCAACAUCAGCUGCCGCUACUUCCCUCUGCUGGUCAGCAGUAGCUUGCCGCGUGUGGACUUAUUCAACGGGCUUUUAGGUCGAGUGCAGAUCACUGCACUGUAUGUAACACGCCUUGGCAAUGCCACAGUGGCCCACAUGGGCACAGCCGAUGGACGUAUCCUGCAGGUGGAGCUAGUCAGGUCACUCAACUACUUCCUGUAUGUGUCCAACUUCUCACUGGGCAACAGUGGACAGCCUAUUCAGCGAGAUGUCAGUCGCCUUGGGGACCACUUACUCUUCACGUCUGGGAACCAGGUCUUCCAGGUACCUAUCCGGGGCCCUGGCUGCCGCCACUUCCUCACCUGUAGGGGCUGCCUGCGAACACAGCGCUUCAUGGGCUGUGGCUGGUGUGGAGACAUGUGUGGCAGACAGGAAGAGUGUCCUGGCUCCUGGCAACAGGAUCACUGUCCACCUACACUUACUGAGUUUUACCCCCACAGUGGGCCCCUAAGGGGCAACACAAGGCUGACCCUGUGUGGCUCCAACUUCUACUUGCACCCUCGUUCUCUGGUAUCAGAGGAAACCCAUCAGGUCACCGUGGGCCAAAGUCCUUGCCGGUUGCUGCCUUGGGACACUUCAGACCUCAGCCCAACACCCCGGAAGGACUUUGUAGAGAAGCUGGAGUGUGAGCUGGAUCCUUUGCACUCCCAGGAAGCAGGGACUACCAACAUCAGCCUCACUGUGACUAACAUGCUGCCAGGCACACACUUCCGUGUAGAUGGCACCUCCAUGCUGGGAGGUUUCUCUUUCCUGAAGCCAGUGCUGACAGCAGUACAACCUCUCUUCGGCCCACGGGCAGGGGGCACCCGGGUCACCCUUGAAGGCCAGUACCUGACUAUAGGCACCAGCCGGGCUGUGCUGAUCAAUGGAACUGAAUGCCAGUUGAAACAGGUCAGGGAGAGGCAGAUAGUAUGUGCCACACCCCCUGGUGCUGCCAUAGGCAGUGUCCCACUUGGCCUGAAGAUGGGAGGUGCUGAGGUACCUGGGUCCUGGACCUUCCACUACAAGGAAGAUCCCAUUGUGUUGGGUAUUACCCCCAACUGUGGCUACACUGGCUCCCAUGUCACCAUCCAUGGCCAGCAUCUGACUUCAGCAUGGCACCUAUUGUUAUCAUUCCAUGAUGGGCAAAAGGCAGUAGAGAACAGGUGUGAGGGGCCGCUUCCAGAGCAGCAUCGAUGCCGUCUGCCUGAAUAUGUGGUCCGAGACCCCCGGGGGUGGGUGAUAGGGAAUCUGAGUGUCCAGGGAGAUGGAGCUGCGGGCUUCACACUGCCCAGAUUUCGCUUCCUACCCCCACCUCGUCCACUCAUUGCGGAACUAGCCCCACUGAAGCCUGAAGAACAUGCUGUUAAGUUCCAGUAUAUUGGGCUGGAUGCUGUGGCUGACUGCGUUGGUGUAAAUGUGACUGUGGGUGGUGAGAGCUGCCAGCAUGAGCUCCGGGGGGAUGUGGUGGUCUGUCCACUGCCUCUCUCAGUACAAUUCAGCAAGGAUGGUGUCCCAUUGGAGGUCUGUGUGGAUGGUGAUUGUCACAACCUGGGCAGAGUGGUCCGGGCAGCCCCAGAGGGCUUCCCACAGAACAUACUUCUUGGUGUCCUGCUGGGCUUGCUCCUGCUGGUGGUUUUACUGGCUGUUGCACUAGUCUUUAACUACCAGUGGCGGAGGAAGCAACUAGUACUCUCUGCCCUUGAUGGUCCACAUUCUCCCACUGGAGUCCUUGGAGAAUCCUCAGGCGGCAAGGAAGCAUCCUCUGUCCCUCUGCUGCGGACAGAAUCCAUCCGGCUCAGGGACCUGAACUCUGUACUCCUGGCUGAGGUCAAAGACAUACUGAUUCCUCACGAACAAGUGAUCAUUCACAGUGACCGAGUCAUUGGCAAAGGCCACUUCGGAGUUGUCUACCAUGGGGAAUAUACAGACGAGGCCCAGAAUCACAUCCACUGUGCCAUCAAGUCACUCAGUCGUAUCACAGAGGUGCAGGAAGUGGAGGCCUUCCUUCGAGAGGGGCUGCUCAUGCGUGGCUUGCACCAUCCAAAUGUUCUGGCUCUCAUCGGGAUCAUGCUGCCCCCUGAGGGACUGCCUAGUGUGCUGCUGCCCUAUAUGCGCCAUGGAGACCUGCUUCAUUUCAUCCGCUCACCUCAGCGGAACCCCACUGUGAAAGAUCUCAUCAGCUUCGGCCUGCAGGUAGCUCGUGGUAUGGAGUACCUGGCAGAACGCAAGUUCGUGCACAGGGACCUGGCUGCUAGGAACUGCAUGCUAGAUGAGUCAUUCACAGUCAAGGUGGCGGACUUUGGUCUGGCCCGUGACAUCUUGGACAAGGAGUACUACAGUGUUCGUCAGCAACACCAUGCUUGCCUACCUGUCAAAUGGAUGGCACUGGAGAGCCUACAGACCUACAGAUUCACCACCAAGUCCGAUGUGUGGUCGUUUGGUGUGUUGCUGUGGGAACUGCUAACAAGGGGUGCCCCACCUUACCCCCACAUUGACCCUUUUGACCUCAUCUGCUUCCUGGCCCAAGGUCGGCGCCUACCUCAGCCUGAAUAUUGUCCUGAUUCUCUGUACCAAGUGAUGGAGAGAUGCUGGGAGGCAGACCCAGCAGCACGACCUACCUUCAGAGCACUAGUGGUGGAAGUGGAGCAGGUUGUGGCCUCACUGCUUGGGGACCACUAUGUGCAGCUCUCUGUAGCCUACGUGAACCUGGGCCCCAGAACCUUGGAUGAGGCAAAUGUACUCCUGGAAGAUCCACGGUCCUCACCUGUGCAUAGGAGCAUGUCUCGGCCCCGACCCCUCUCAGAGCCACCUCUGCUCACUUGACCUAGGUUCUGGGAAGGUCUAUGGGGGCUGAAUUGGCUUAGUGGCCUUGAGCUAACCCCUGGUGGUCUGUGGGUGUACCAAGCUAGAGGAUAUGGAAGUUCUACCUUGGGCCUGCCCUUGAACCUUCAGGGAGGACCAAAGGGCGCAUUGGUCUCUCAUUACACAAAAUGAGCCUGUGAGACCAACUCUUCUACAGCACAUAUUUGUGGAGCACUUUCUGUACCAUGCCUGCUGGGAACUGAGGACUCAGCAGUGACACAGAGACACUUACA